CUAGCUUCAAAUGUGAUGCUUUCCUGCAGUCAGGGUCAAAGUCCGUCUGUUUGAAGUUUCAGUCUUCAGGACGUCGCUCUGAUCACCAGGUUUAAUCAUUCACACGAUCUCUCGAGGCGACAAUGACGAUAUGAUUAAAAGUUUUUAUUUUUAAGUGCAGUAGUUAAGAUAGAAGUCUGAAAAUAACGUCUGUGAGUCUUAGUCUGCUGCAGCAUCUGCUCUAAACAGGAAGGAGAGUGACCACAGAGUCACGUACGAUGAGACGCCGGACCUCUGUUCACUUUAACACACCUGCAGCUGCGAGACAUCAUGGGGGUCUCCGAUCUGUACCCACGACUCUGUGAGUACUGAAAACUACAAAACUACACUUUAAUUCAAUUAUUUCACAGUUUGUUAAGACUUCUGAAUAUUUUAAUAUUUUAAAUGUUUGUUUCUGUACGCUUAAUUUAGGUUAUUUCACUGUUUGGUUGGCGUUCUAAAAACUUUAUUUUAAUAUUUUUAACGUUUGUCUCUUUACACCUAAACUUAGUUUUUCCACUGUUUGGUUAGACUUCAGAAAACUUUAUUCAAUAUUUUAAAUAUAUUUUUAGUUUCUGUACGCUUAAUUUAGGUUAUUUCAGAGUUUGAUGAGACUUUGAGAAUACUUUAUUUUAAUAUUUUUUAAUCUUUGCCUCUUUAAACUUAAUUUAGGUUAAACCACUGUUUGGUUAGACUUCAGAAAACUUUAUUAAAAGUAUUUGAAAUGUUUGUAUCUUUACACUUAAAUCAGGUAAUUUCACAGUUUGGUAAGAGUUUAAGAAUAUUUUAUUUAAAUAUUUUAAAUUUUUGCCUCUGUAAACUUAAACUCAGUUAUUUUGCCGUUUGGUAAGACUUUAGAAUAUUUUAAUAUUUUAAUAUUUAAAUGUUUGUUUCCGUACACUUUAACUCAAAUAUUUCACAGUUUGGUAAGACUUCAGAAUAUUUAAAUAUUUUAAAUAUUGUUUCUGUACGCUUAAUUUAGGUUGUUCCACUGUUUGGUUGGACUUCUAAAAACUUUAUUUUAAUAUUUUUAACGUUUGUCUCUUUACACCUAAACUCAAUUUUUACACUGUUUGGUUAGAAUUCAGAAAACUUUAUUAAAAGUAUUUGAAAUGUGUGUUUUUGUUCACUUAAUUUAGGUUAUUUCACAGUUUGGUUGGACUUCAGAAAACUUUAUUAAAAAUAUUUAAAAUGUGUGUUUUUGUUCACUUAAUUUAGGUUAUUUCACAGUUUGGUUGGACUUCAGAAAACUUUAUUAAAAAUAUUUAAAAUGUUUAUUUCUGUACUCUUGCCUCUCUUUUGUCUCUUCAGGGGUUCCAAUCCUGUUCCUGCUGUCUUCUCAGAGUCAUAUUAAUGCCGGUGAGCUGAAGUUUGUUUAUUUAGAAACAGUUAAAGUAAUUUCACCUCUUCGUGGACUAACUCAGGAUUGACUCCUGCUCUGGUGGAGAACACAAACCCUCACAGAUGCUCCAUCAUUUGUCGUUGGGCGCUGAGAGAGUAAAUGUGACGUACACGUGUGUUAAAACUAGUAUUCAGUAUUUUAUAUAUUAGUAUUAUCUUUUCACAGAUGCUGCUUUCCUUCGUAUUAACCCGAACAGACUGCAGUUCUUCGAGUAUGAAUCCUUACGAUUGGACUGCGAAGGGUUAACCGGAGCGACUGAAUGGAGGUUAAUGGGCGGAGCUUCUUCUACGGCCGCUCGAUGGGAGGACGCACAAAGAUGGCUGACCAUCGAACCCGCCUUUGAAGCCCACAGUGGAGAAUACUGGUGUGAAAAUGGACGAGGAGAGAGGAGCAACGCCAUCAACAUCUCUGUUUCCGGCAUGUAUUCACCCUUUGUGUCCUGUUCGUGGACGUUUUUGUGUCCAGAAGAGGAAAAAAAAACAAAAAUUUUGACCUAAACUGCAACUUUUUUUUUUUUAAAAGAGAGUGAUGUCAUUUUUGGUGAGAAAAUUUUUGUUUAAAAAAUUUUCAAAUUUUUUUUUCAAAAUUUUUACAAGGUCAAAAAUGCACUGUGAACAGAUUUACCACCCUUUGUGUCCUGUUCGUGGACGUUUUUGUGUCCAGAAGAGGAAAAAAAACACAUUUUUGACCUAAACUGCAACUUUUUUUUUUUUAAAAGAGAGUGAUGUCAUUUUUGGUGAGAAAAUUUUCGUUUAAAAAAUUUUCAAUUUGUUUUUUCAAAAUUUUUAGAAAGGUCAAAAAUGCACUGUGAACAGAUUUACCACCCUUUGUUCCUGUUUGUGGACGUUUUUACCCACUGACUUUAGCAGUGGCUUUAAAUACAUAUCAGAUGAUUAAAAAAAAAAAACUCAAAAUUUUUUUUGCUCAACUCUCUUCAUUAAGCUCAGUCCUUGUCAUUUCUUUUUUUAAACUAUAGAUUUUAACCCUUUAAAUGCCAAUAUCAGGUGGUGUCACUGAUUUGAGCGACAAUAAAAAAAUCACACAAAAUGACAGAUUUUUAUAAUAAAAACUGAUAAGAGGAUGGAGAUUUUUUACGUGUUUUUACACCCUUGUAUAUGUCAAACAUUAGAAACAACAUCGACUUGUUUUUUCCAGCAGCUAAAGUUAGUGGCUAAAAUCGUCCGUGAACAGGACUAAAGGGUGUAAAAUUUAAAAUUUUAUCACCAAAUCAGUGACAACACUUUUGAAAUCAGCAUUUAAAGGGUUAAAAUCCAUAACAAAAAGAAAAAAAUAUAUAGUUGUGAUAAGGACUGAAGUUAAUAAAGAGAUUUGAGCAAAAAAAAUUGGAAAAAUAUUUACCCGAUGUGUUAUUCCUUUAGCAAAAGGUAAUGGCUAAAAAUGUCCACAAAGAGGACAAAAGGGUGUAAAAUUUAAAAUCUGAUGUUGUGCAAAAAUAAUAAUUCAUCAAAGUCAAUGUUGUUACUAAUAUUUGACAAAUCCAAGGGUGUGAUAGCAGGUAAAAAAUCUCCAGCCUCUGAUCAUUUUUUAUUUUGAAAAUAAUUUUUUUGUUUUUUUUUCUCAUCAAAUCAGUGACAUCGCCUCUGAAAUCGGAAUUUAAAGGGUAAAAAAUCCAUAAUAAUUAAAAAAUAUAUAAACUUUUGAUAAGGACUGAGGUUAAUGAAGAGAUUUGAGCAAAAAAAAAAUUCGAAAAAAUAUUUAUUGGAUAUAUUUUUACAGCAGCUAAAGAUAGUGGCUAAGAACGUCCACGAAGAGGACGAAAUGGUGCAAAUUUUCAGCAGAACAGAAGGGACAAAAAAAAACACUUUUUAUAAUUAUAUUUAAAAUAAUCAAGAGUGUAAGAAGUUUGUCUAUAACUACAACCUUUUACUUUUACAACCUUCUUAGAUACGAUUGAAGACCCAACUUAGACCUUUGUUUUGUUUCCCUAACGGAUAAUAAACUGAGUAUUUAUGUCCAUGUCGCUGAGUUUGUCUUAUCUGACGUCGGCUCGACUUUCACUGUGAAAGAUCGUCAUUGGCUUGGAUUGUCCCAAAGUGCCCGUCCCUGAAAUUGAUAAGCAGUAUAAAUACAGAAUUUGGUUUCUCCUCGGAUGACUUGGCUAACCUUGAACAACCAGGACCAAUAAUCGGCAUUGCAUCAUGGUAAAUAUCGAUGUCUUUCCGUUGUCCAGCUGGCGAUGUGAUCCUCGAGAGUCCCGCCCUCCCUGUGACUGAAGGACAGACCGUCACCCUCGGUUGUAGAAAGAGGCAAACUCCCCAGAAACUGGCAGCUGAUUUCUACAAAGACGGUGGUUUCAUGGAGACCGGGUACAAAGGAAAGGUGACCCUUCAGGGUGUCUCGAAGUCCGAUGAGGGACUGUAUCAGUGCCGAAUCUCUGGACCUGGAGAAUCACCAGAGAGCCGGCUCAUCAUCAGAGGUGAGACGUCCAAGGACUGUCCAGUUUGUCCUAUCGAAGUUCUCUUGUGUUAGCAUGCUAAUGCACUCUCAGGGACUAAGCUAGCAUGUCCGAGCUUCAUCGGCAAUGCCGAACUUGGGCGGCCAGACCGGGGCGCAGACUUUUACCGCGGUAACCCAAAACCAAGGAGGGUUACCCCAACUCUUCGUCUUAUCUUAAAGAACCAAAAACUGUUUUAUUUUUGUUGAUAUUAUAAAUGUAAAUAAGUCAUGUAAGGCGUGGCCAAUCAGAUUUCAAAGGUGGUCCUGACCACGCUUAGCCACGCCCUCCCUCUGUCACUGACUAGCUUGUAUUUGUAUUUUCGCAUAAAUUGGUAACGAAUCAGACAAACUCAGAUGAUGUCAGGAUAACGUCUCUUUACGAAGUCUGACUCUGGACUAUUUUGAUCAUUGAAAGAGAACGUUAACACACGAGGCCUUUCAACUGUUUUCGCACGGAUUUUAACGGCGUAUAACUUUUUUUUAAAGAUGGGAAACAAACUCCUCCUCCUCCUACUCCUCCUCCUACUCCUCCUCCUUCUUCUCCACCUGGAUCCAGUCAGCUCAUCAUACCUUUGUCUGUUUUCUUCACCGUUUUUUUCGUGGCUGUGCUUCUAUCAGUGAUGGCGCUACUCCGCUAUCGCAAACCCAGAGGUAAAAUAAUUCUGUGAAAACAAACACUUCCGCAGUUUUCUCUCUAAAUCAGGUCUUUAUUUUCCAGAAACAGACUUUAAAGUCUCAAAUUUUCUUUCUUAUUUCCCUUUUCCUUCCAGAGACACGUUUUCUCUCCGAUGUACCGACAAGACGGUCAGAAUCAGGUGAGUGUCGACAAUGAUAUAAAACAGAGCAUUCAUUUAUAUAUACACAAACAUGUAAAGAUUAUUAUUUCAACUUAAAGUUUAAUCAUUUAAUCUUAUUUUUUCUCCUAGUUUUUGAAAACUCUGAUCAGUUCACGUCAGUUUAUGUUAACGUCCCGAGAAAGAAGAACAAAAAAGGUAUUUAUUAGAUUUUUUUUUUACUGUUUUACUCUUGUGUUUUCAGAAUGAGGUGGAAAAAAUUUAAUUAAACGGCGGAAAAAAUAAAUAUAUUUGAAUUUUAUUUUUACAGUAGAUUUUGUACCAGUGCAUGCUCUUCAUUAGAUUAAAUAAAUAAAUAAAUCAAAUUAUUAAAACAAGUGAGACAACUCAUGAUGGAAAAUGACUUUAUAUACAUAUAUAUAUUUACAUAUAUAUAUACAUAUACAUAUAUAUAUACACACACACACAUAUAUAUAAUUUAGUAAAAUAAAAAAAACUAAAAGUGCAGAUGACAAAUCAAAUUUUUUCAUUCUUGAGUUAAAUAGAAAAGGAUGACGAUAAAAUAACUAAUUAGAUGAUGACGGUUAGUUUCACCUCAAGGCUCUCUAGGCAUUGCUUGUAUGUAAAUAUGUGAUAUUUGGAAUAUCUGUCUUUUCUGUGUUUAUGUAUAUGCGUUUUUUUAUUCUUCAUUUUUAUCUGUUGUUCUUUGGAUCGCCUCUGUGUCCAAAAUAAAGUGAUGAUGAUGAUAUAAAAAAACAAGAACAAAAUUUUGUUUCUAGUUAAAAAAAAUAGGUAAAAUAUUUAAAAAGGCAUUUACAUGAAAUGUCCCAGAACACUCAGGAUACUCAGUUGAUGUCUGUGUUUAUACAACUGAAGAAAUUGUGGCCUUUUUUAAAGUUAAAUGUCGUCAACAAAACACUCUUUAUAAACUUUUGACGGAUGUUUUAUCAGUUCUUCUUUAUCUCACAGGUACCAGAGAGCAGAAACAAUGGUGAACCAAAAAGAAACUGCAGGAUGAAGUAAAAAAUUCUGUUCAGCUAUUUUUAAAACUUGAAAAAAAUUGGGACUUAAAUUUUGACUUCUAUAUUCUUUUCUUAUAUUUAAAGGUUGAUGUAUGAAAUUGUGAAUGUUUUGAACAUAUGCUUGUAAAAGUUACACGCAUCUUUUUGUGCAUUUCUCU